GCGUGGCCUAGGCUCGAGGGGCGUGCUCUCAGUGUCGUGUCCUCGAUGGGGCGUGGUCUAUCGGCGGGGGCGUGGCCUGUGUUCGCGGGGGCGUGGCGCGCCUGGCGCGCGCUCUCGCGUCACUUCCCCUGCGGCGGGCGCGGCGGCGGCGGCGCGCGGGACGAUCGCUCGGCGUCGGUUCGGGUCCGGUUCGAUUGGGCGGCGGCGGCGCUCGGGACCGGGCGGGGAGGAGGAGCAGGAGGAGCAGGAGCGGCGCGGCGGGACGAUGAGCGACAGCGGCGAGCAGAACUACGGCGAGCGGGAAUCCCGUUCUGCUUCCAGAAGCGGAAGUGCUCAUGGGUCUGGCAAGUCGGGGAGGCACACCCCUGCAAGAUCUCGCUCUAAGGAGGAUUCCAGGCGCUCCAGGUCAAAAUCUAGAUCCAGGUCUGAAUCCAGAUCUAGAUCAAGGAGGAGUUCCCGUAGACACUACACAAGAUCACGCUCUCGUUCCCGCUCUCAUAGGAGAUCCAGAAGUAGGUCUUACAGUCGGGAUUAUCGGCGCCGGCACAGUCACAGCCAUUCACCCAUGUCUACGCGUAGGCGCCACAUUGGAAACAGGGCAAAUCCUGACCCAAAUUGUUGUCUUGGCGUGUUUGGAUUGAGUCUGUACACCACAGAGAGAGACCUGAGAGAAGUUUUCUCCAAGUAUGGUCCGAUUGCCGACGUUUCCAUCGUGUAUGAUCAGCAGUCUCGACGCUCAAGAGGAUUUGCAUUUGUGUACUUCGAAAAUGUUGAGGAUGCUAAGGAAGCAAAGGAACGUGCCAACGGAAUGGAGCUGGAUGGCAGGAGGAUCCGGGUAGACUUCUCCAUAACAAAAAGACCUCACACACCCACCCCUGGAAUCUAUAUGGGAAGACCCACUUAUGGCAGCUCACGACGACGGGAUUACUAUGACCGAGGGUACGACCGAGGGUACGACGAUCGUGACUACUACAGCAGGUCCUACAGAGGAGGCGGCGGUGGCGGCGGCGGAGGAUGGAGAGCUGUGCAAGACAGGGAUCAGUUCUACAGGAGGAGAUCACCAUCCCCGUAUUACAGCCGAGGGGGCUACAGGUCCCGAUCCCGAUCCCGCUCCUACUCACCUCGCCGCUAUUGAGGCAUGACGCGUGGAGGAGCUCCCGGCGGCAGCCUGGGCCUCGGAGUUGCAAGCGUGCGGACAAUAUUUUCUAUUGUCUCUUCUGUUUAAACCAGUGACCAGUGCCUAGUGGAUAGGUGACUUUUACACCUUUUACGAGACUACUCGCGUGACGUUAAACGCUGUUUUGUUCUGCAUAUUCGUGUAGUUGGUGCUUCGUUUCAGGUCGUGUUCCCGAAGGAGGAUGUUUUGCAUGUAUUUUUUUAGUCUCGAUUUUGACCUCUGAAAGGUUUCUAUUGUAAAGACAAACUGUUCAGUUAGCUUUUUCUACUGAUUCCAAGAUAUUCUGAAGAUCAAAACCUGUGUAAAAUGCUUUCCAAAAGUGGAAAAAAAAAUAAUAAAAAGCAGUUUGGUUUUUCUUUUCCUA